AUGCUUGCUCGUGUAGAGAUAGAGAACACCGAUGGCGCGCUGGUUCUUCGUUACAACAACCCAGUUGUUGGUCCUAUUUCAGCUGGAACACCGACCUUCUCUUUAGCCGAGAAACGCAAUGGCCUGCUCUAUAAGGGAUUCUUCCUUUUAUCCGAAGAUCAGUAUAUUGCCAGAGAAGUCCUAAAGGCUCUUAUUCGCAACUUAGCAAUUGAUAAUGAAGGAUUUAUUCAUCGCAAACAUGCUACUCUUUAUGCCUACAUCGACAAUUAUCUGACCACUCGUAAUCCAGCCUUUUCCAUUCCUCGUAAACACCGUACUAAUGAUGCACUGCAACUAAGUGUGAUGGCUAAAAAGCGGGUUUAUGUUGAUGUGAUAGAUACAAUUGCCCAGCGCGUUCUGCAUGGCCAGCCCUCUACAAUGGCCUACGGCCAAAUAGUCACCCGACCAACCGAUAAUGUUGGGGCUAUGGCUCUUAAAAUAGACUCUCGCUCGCUUUGUGGUCUGCGCAAUAUUCAAUUUAACCCCCUUGUCUCAACUAAGCGCGAAGGCAUUACGACUUUUGUGACCGCGCCUUCUAAAGAGACCGUCUUAAUGAAUUAUACCUUUAACUGCAAGGAAGAUGCUCUUCCCAUCGUUAAAAUAGUCCUUAUUGAUGCCAAAACCAUCGAAGUAAUGCUUUGUCUGGACACUGAUGCCAUUCCUGAAUCUUUCCGGGCCACCCUUUCUUUUGACUUCACGCCAGGUCAUCUUAGUGUGGAGUGCAAACAAGGCAGCUAUGAAUACGUGCCCACAAUGCGCAGUUUGGUUUGGAAGCUCACUUCCGGUCGGAAUGCUUCAAUUACAGUCCAUUGCUCUGAACCCCAUCGGGCCGCAGCCACGCUUAAGUACAAAUACUGUUUCAGCCGUAAGGCCAUUUCUAGUGUGCUAGUUAAUGGACUCUCCUCAGAGGCAGAUGAGAAUUGGAUUAAGCACACUACCGUAGUUACGGGAUACCUUCGAGCAACUGAAUAA